CACCUCCGCCCCACCCCACCCCCUUUCUUCCUCCUCUCUCUCUCUCUCUCUCUCUCUCUCACAGAUCCAACCCACCUUCUCUCUCAUAUCAAUCCCCGUUCUCCCCAUCUCCUUCGCGUUUCCCUCUCCUCUCCUCUCCAGAUCUGUAUCGAAGGAGGAUAACUGAGCAGAGGAGGAGGAGAAGGGGGAGAGCAUCGUUUUUGUCGGCAUCAUGGGUCGGGAGGGCAGCGGCGGCGGCGGAGGGGCGGUGUCGGAGGGGGUUCUGAAGAAGGUGCUGCUGUCCUACGCCUAUGUCGCGAUCUGGAUCUUCCUCAGCUUCACGGUGAUCGUGUACAACAAAUACAUCUUGGAUCCCAAGAUGUAUGGCUGGCCCUUCCCCAUCAGCCUCACCAUGAUCCACAUGGCCUUCUGCUCCACCCUCGCCAUCGUCCUCGUCCGCGUGCUCCGCCUCGUCGACCCGCCCUCGUCGCCGCCCAUGACCCGCGCCCUCUACCUCUCCUCCGUCGUCCCCAUCGGCGCCCUCUACUCCCUCUCCCUCUGGUUCUCCAACUCCGCCUACAUCUACCUCUCCGUCUCCUUCAUCCAGAUGCUCAAGGCCCUCAUGCCCGUCGCCGUCUAUUCCAUCGGCAUCCUCUUCAAGAAGGAGUCUUUCCGCACCUCCUCCAUGCUCAACAUGCUCUCCAUCUCUUUUGGCGUCGCCAUCGCCGCCUACGGCGAGGCCCGCUUCAACGGCACUGGCGUCGGCCUUCAGCUCGGCGCCGUCGCCUUCGAGGCCACCCGCCUCGUCCUCAUCCAGAUCCUCCUCACCUCCAAGGGCAUCUCCCUCAACCCCAUCACCUCCCUCUACUACGUCGCCCCCUGCUGCCUCGCCUUCCUCCUCGUCCCCUGGUCCGUCGUCGAGCUCCCCAUCCUCCGCGCCCGCUCCGCCUCCUCCCUCCGCCCCGACCUACUCAUCUUCGGCACCAACUCCCUCUGUGCCUUCGCCCUCAACCUCGCCGUCUUCCUCCUCGUCGGCAAGACCUCCGCCCUCACCAUGAACGUCGCCGGCGUCGUCAAGGACUGGCUCCUCAUCGCCUUCUCCUGGUCCGUCAUCCGUGACACCGUCACCGCGAUCAACCUCUUCGGCUACGCCAUUGCCUUCCUCGGCGUCGCCUACUACAACCACGUCAAGUUACAGGCGCUCAAGGCCAAGGAGGCGCAGAAGAAGGCCGCCCAGGCCGACGACGAGGCAGGGAAGCUCCUCGAUCAAGUCGACGGCUCGGGAGUCGACCGCAAGGGUGACUCGCAGGCUUGAUCCAUCCGUCCACCCCUCUGCGUUCUGCCACGAUUGCAUCGUUGUCUUGGGGUUGGAUUCUGUUUUUGAGCACACGGUGCAUCAGAUCCGGAAAUGCUUAUGGUAGAUCACCUGGGUCAGAUCUGAGAAGAGGAAGCUGGAAGGAUUUUAGUGGCAGUUCUUGCUGUGGGUGGAGGACUGUGGAUGGAUCACACUAGGUUGGCUUGUUUGUUACUUGGAUCACUGUUAGCUGUCUAUCCUCUUGUCAAAGAGGGAUGAUUGUUGUUAUUUAUUUGUUGGAUCAUGUAGGAGCUUUCUUUUGCCUCCUCUCUAAUGAGAUUGAAAGUGCUAUUUAAUUUA